AUGACAGACACCAGGAUGAAGUGUCAUUGUUGCAGCGCAUUCCACUCAACGAAGAAAAUAAUGUACGAUCGAGGAGUACAGACAAUGAUCAUUAUGGCUAUUGUUAAUAUAUGUAAUGUGAUACUUGUAGGUGUUAAGGCUGUUGUCGCAUAUCAUACAGGAUCAUUCUCCAUAGCUAACUCAACUUUAGAAACGUUUGGUGACGUUUUUGUUGGAUUCCUUCUACUUUUACAACGAAUACAGGCUCGCGUUUUAAAGGAUGAUCGUUAUCCUCGAGGAAGAGCCACAGAAUCUCUCUCAAAUGUUGUUGCAUCGGUAGUUAUGCUCGUUAUGGCAUGUGUUAACGCUGUGCUCAAUAUCGAUAGAUACGUUUCAAACAAAUUCGACCCUCAUAUGGAACUGGAACAUAUAGGAGUGGUGGCAUUCAAUAUUCUUCUCAAGGUUAUUUUAUUUGGAAUUUGCUACAUCAGAAAAGAUGUGGAUCAAGUGAAAGUUCUAUUAAAGGAUCAAGGUGUGGAUGUUAUCACUAAUGGAACAGCUGUUAUAUUUGCUACACUUACUAGAUAUUUUCACAAGAAUUGGGAUAUCGUUGGAGCUGCUAUCAUAUUCUUCACAAUUUGCAGAAAUUGGUUACCUAUUCUAUUUACAAAUUGCAAUCGGAUUCAUGGAAUUGCUCCAAAAUCAGCAAAAAUGAAGAAAAUUUGGGAGGUAGUGAACGAACUCGACGAUAUUCAAACGGUUCAUAAUCUUGUUGCUUACCAUAGAGGGCAGGACGUUAUUGUCGAGCUCUAUGGUGAAAUAAAGCUGUGCAUCCCAAGUACACACGAAGCUACUCGUUUGAAAAUCACCAUGGCUUUGGAAGAAAUCGAUUUUGUGGGAACAGCAUAUGUGUUCCAUAAUGUUGCUUUGAAAACACCUGAUGAGGAUCAACAGUCACCAGAAAACGAUGCAAAAUGUGACGAUCCACUUCUUAAAAUGGUCUAG